AUGCAGUUUAUUUGCUACAGAGGUGUCCCCGGCAUGGGGCGGACUGUCGCGAUACCCAGCGACGACAAUUACUACUACGUAUUGGUAAGGCAGCUGUUCUACUGGCAGCACGCGUACGAGAACUGCCUCAGGAUGAACGGCACACUGGCCAGCGUGGAGAGUCGCGACAUGCUUACACAACUGCUGCUGGUGAUGGGUGAAAACAAAGACGAGCCUGUCGAACAUAUAUGGGUGUCUGGACGCCUCAACAUGACGAAGGACCCCAACACCGAACUGGUCACGUACCUCUGGCUGAAUCCGGUGAACGGGAAACGGUUACCCGACCCAAAAACUGACGGCGAACACUUAUAUGGGAUAUACAUGCCUCCGUGGCUAGAUGAAGAAUUCUCAAUGGAUAAUCCCUGCUUGAAUCUUGACCGUCAGGAUCAUUUAAAUGGAUUGGUGUAUGGAAUGUCAUGUGACACACCCCAAUACUCCAUUUGUAUAAUUGAGAAAACAGGUCAUAAGCCCAUGGAAAAUGCCAUAGAAGCUAGUGAAAUUCCUUCAGGACAACAUGGAAUUGAACCU